AUGCAAUUAAUUAACAGAAGCCACCCUGAAGAGUUUAUUUUACUAGGCUUUGCUGAUCGUCCUUGGCUAGAGCUUCCUCUAUUUUUUAUUCUUCUCAUAAUGUAUCCCAUGGCCAUGAUGGGAAACAUCACCAUUAUUCUGGUUUCCAAGUUGGACCCCCAUCUUCACAGUCCCAUGUAUUUCUUCCUUACCAAUCUCUCAUUUUUGGACAUGUGUUAUACCACAAGCAUUGUCCCUCAGAUGCUGUUUAACCUGGGAAGCUAUAAGAAGACAAUCAGCUAUGUGGGAUGUGUAGUUCAGCUUUAUUUCUUCCACAUAAUGGGGGGCACAGAAUGUCUUCUUUUGGCUAUUAUGUCCUUUGAUCGCUAUGUGGCCAUCUGCAGGCCACUCCACUACAUAAACAUCAUGAAUAAGCACAUCUGUAUCCUGUUAGUGUCUAUUGUGUGGAUGAGUGGAAUGGUCUAUGCUAUCUCAGAGGCCACUGUUACACUACAAUUGCCAUUGUGUGGUCUAAAUAAAUUGGAUCAUUUGCUGUGUGAGAUUCCUGUUUUGAUAAAAACUGCCUGUGGUGAAAAGAGUGCUAAUGAGCUUACACUUUCUAUAGUAUGCAUUUUUAUGUUAGCUGUUCCACUAUGUUUAAUUCUAGCUUCCUAUGCUUUCAUUGGACAAGCUGUAUUAAAAAUUAAAUCUUCUGAAGGAAGGAAAAAGGCCUUUGGAACGUGUUCAUCCCAUCUUAUAGUAGUUUUCUUAUUUUAUGGACCAGCUAUUAGUAUGUACCUUCAGUCCCCAUCCUCCAUCACAAGGGACCAGCCCAAGUUCAUGGCUCUCUUCUAUGGAGUAGUAACUCCUACACUCAAUCCCUUCAUCUAUACUUUGAGGAAUAAGGAUGUAAAGGAGGCAUUAAGAAACCUUAUGAGGAACAUUUUCAGUUUGAAGUGA